AUUUAGUUGUUGGUUCCAUUUUUCGAAUUAGCAUUGCACUUCGCUACUCUCAUAAACUGCAACUACGCACACUACAAACACUACAGAUUCUCUAAUCAGUCCUUACCGAACUCCUGCAAUACAUCUUUCAAUACUAGCACCAUGGAUUCUGCGGGCUCAAAGUCAGCCAUGUCGAAUGACAUGCAAGAGAUCACUCAGGGGAAGGAGGACAUCACCAACCGGAUUCGGGGCCACAAGGCCAACCUGUCCAACCCGAACACCAGUGAAGAAUCCAAAGAGAACAGCAGGGAGGCCUUGAAGGAGCUUGGAGGCGAUGACACCCUUGAGGACCGCCGUAACAACCCCGUUAGCAAGAGUGCUGCCGAUAAGUUGUACGGCACCCGUGCUGCUGCUGGUUGAACGGACGUGACAAGGGGCUAGCCCAACGGAUUUCGUUCAUUUAUCGCUAUCGAGACGCAGAAAUAGAAAGCUUUCAAGUACAUCAAAGCAUAUGGAACCUCAA